GUCAUCACAUUGAUAGAUUUAUGAAACGGAAGAGGAAGUAAAAUUAGUUUAUGUUCUACUUCGGAACAGCAGUAUGCUAGUAAUCAGAAGAACCCAUUAAUAUUAGAUAGGGUCAUUUCUUUCGUUCGUCUGGACACAUAACCACCACACUCAAAGGAAUCACGAAUGUCGACAGCAUGUCAACAAAACUAUGGAUAAUACUCUCUGUCAUUUUCUUGUCAACCCAGACAUACUCUCAAGAGGCUAUUUUGCACAUCUCGAAUGAAUCCACCGAUAAAGAAUAUUGUAUUGUUUACAAUGCCUCCUGGACAAAUCUCUCCAACUCUCUCAGAGACUCGGAGAAGUACCAGGUGGUGAAUCUGGUCUCCAGUUUUCUUUGUGACGACUCUGCCAUAGUCCCAGAUGUGACGGGCAAGGCACUUGUGGUAAUGAGGGGGCAAUGUGACUUCAGUCAGAAGGCACAGGUAGCCCAAAAACAUGGAGCUGCUGUUCUCCUCGUUGUCAGUAACCGAACCAUGAGUCCACCAUCAGCAAAUGACUCUGAAUAUGCCAAGGUUACGAUUCCACUGGCCCUCAUGCGCUAUCGUGAUAUUGUUGAUGCUCAGCAGGUCUUUGGCAAAGAUAUGAGCGCGAGGCUGUAUGCUCCCCCUGUGCCAGUGUUUGAUGUAAGCAUUGUUGUGAUGCUGAUCAUCGCAGUGUCUACGGUUGCUUUGGGAGGCUACUGGAGUGGAUCUGCGGAAAAAGACAAACAGAGUGAAGGGGCUUUCCCUGGGAGUGCAGAGGAAGCAUCGAGUAGUGGAGACCUGGCUUUGUACUCUCCUCUCAAAGUAGUCAUCUACGUGGCCCUCAUGUGCGUUAUGCUGGUGCUCAUGUACUUUUUCUACAAGUGGCUUGUUUAUGUUAUCAUCGUCAUCUUCUGUCUGGCCUCAGCAACGGCCUUGUACAGCUGUCUGGACGCCCUACUGAAUAAGAUUGGGUGUGGAACAUGCAGCUUCUCCUGCCGGAGCAAAGACGUCUCUGUGAGGUCACUGUUGCUGUUUGCCAUAUGCGUCAGCGUAUCUGUGGUCUGGGGAGUGUACAGGAAUGAAGACAGAUGGAUCUGGAUACUCCAAGAUUUGUUGGGCAUUGCCUUUUGUCUGAAUUUCAUGAAAACCAUCAGCCUGUCAAACUUCAAGAUAUGUGUGAUCUUGCUGAGCCUGUUGCUCCUCUACGAUGUGUUCUUCGUCUUCAUCACACCCUUCCUCACUCCGAAUGGGGAAAGCAUCAUGGUCCAAGUUGCCCUGGGACCAGAGUCUUCUGGGGAGAAGAGUGAUGGUAACAUUGUGGAAGUACCAGCCGACCCCACACCCACCUAUGAGAAACUUCCUGUGGUCAUGAGGGUCCCUAGGUUCUCUGCCUGGGCCCAGAACCUAUGUGGAAUGCAAUUCUCUAUUCUGGGCUAUGGAGACAUCAUUGUACCAGGCUUGCUGAUCGCCUACUGCCAUAGAUUUGAUGUCUGGACUGGCAGCUCCAAGAGAAUUUACUUCAUCAGCAGCACAAUCGCCUACUUCCUGGGCAUGAUCGUGACUUUUGCGGUUAUGCUCAUAUCCAAGAUGGGACAGCCAGCUUUGCUAUACCUGGUGCCUUUCACACUCCUUACCAGUGCUGUGGUGGCUUGGAGCCGGAAAGAGAUGCAGCAGUUUUGGGCAGGAACCACUUACCAGGUGUUGGACUCUUCCAGGGAGCCUUUAUCUCCAGGUGUGAACUAUCUUUAAUUGAGUGUCUGAGAAAUCAUCAUCUGCCUGCUUACUGCCAUUUGUGGUGUGGUUGUGUGUUGUUUUGCAUUUCUCCUCUGCUAGUCUUUCAAGCCUUUUAAGCCCAUCUACUAUAACCAAAACGGCCACUGGAUGUCGCCAAAGCUCUGGGGAAUGUGCUGUGCUCUGUACUCAACAGUUCUGAUGCUCAGCAUCUUCCAUGUCAAAAAUAGUGGCUCGGCUCAAACAUUGGGCCAGUGCUGACACGUCCGUCUCCCCUCUCUACUAAUCUCCGUCCCCUACCACUAUCCUCUUUUAACAGACUAACAUCUCAGGCCAUUGCAUCAUCACUUUACAUCUCCAGUGACUGGCAGUACACGAAUAUUCUUUGCAUGCGGACCAUUGGCUUGCUCAUUUCACAGCAGUUUUUAAUUUAAUGUGUGAAGUUCCAUAAUUGCGAUGUGUCAAUAACCCAUCCAUCUCCUCAG